UGCUUCACAAAAAUAACAAAUUUGUCAUUUUGAUGCAUUAAUUGUAGCUCAUGUAUAACGUGUAGAUAAUUAUUGAGUCUCAGUUUAGGGUAGCCAGUUCGAUAAAAGAAUAAAUUACUUGUACAAAGAUGAUGUAAUGUUUUAUGUUUUGGUCUCGGAGGAACAAAACUAGUGCUUACGUGCUGGGAAGUUAUUGGUGCACAGGUGAAGAGGAUGUGACUCUAUCUCACAGCAGAACAAAUAUAAAGCUGCGGUUUUACUGCUCAGUGCACUUAAAUGCCAUUCAGACCCAUUCAUGUAAACACAUUUAGGUCACCAACUCAGAUAAAGUUGUUUCAACAUGAAUUUCUCUCUUGUUACAUCGAUUUAUCUGUCUGCUUACUAUGGAAUGGAAGAGCUCAAAUCCAUGUAUUUCUGCAUUUUCUUCAUCGUAUACCUCACCAUCAUCACCGAGAAUGUCUUGCUGAUCAGGGUGGUUUAUUGUGAAAAAUCCCUGCGUCAGCCAAUGUAUGUGCUUUUGUGUAAUUUGGCCGUGAAUGAGCUGGUAGGAAGCACCGCCUUGCUGCCGGCGACGCUGAUCAACAUUCUCUCUCACACACACGAGGUUUCUAUUUCUUUUUGCCAGACGCAGGUCUUUGUUAUACACACAUAUGCCAUCACCGAAUUCACUAUUCUCGCGGUGAUGAGCUACGACAGAUACCUAGCCAUUUGUCAUCCACUGUCCUACCAGGUGAUCAUGUCUCAGAGGAUAGUGAAGCUGACUGUUUUUAUGUGGCUUUACCCCCUGCUGGCACUGAGCGUGGUUUUUGUUUUUACUCUUCAGCUGCCAUAUUGUGGCCGGACCAUAGAGAAGCUUUACUGCCUCAACUACUUGCUUGUGCAGCUUGCAUGCACAAAUACAUUUAUAGUUAACACCAUCGGUCUGCUGUCUGCAGCUCUAUACACGGCUCCUCAGCUGAUCAUGAUCUUUUACUCAUACGGACACAUCCUGAAGAUUUGCAUAAUGUCGUUCGGCAAAUCCAAAUUCAAGGCCCUCCGUACGUGCGUUCCCCAUCUACUGGCUGUAAUCAACUACGCCACUGGGUGCUUUUUUGAGCUGGCACAAGGUCGUCUCGACAACAGGCACAUGUCUUAUCACACUAAGCUGUUUUUGUCACUGUACUUUUUGAUAUUCCCACCGCUCCUAAAUGCACUAAUAUACGGCUUGGGCACACAGAUAAUAAGAGUCCGACUCAUCAAGCUUUUCACCAAGUGCAAGUGACGUAGUCAAGAUAUUUUAGAUUUGGGUUCAUUAAAUAUGCAUCCAGCAUGGUGUUCAGAAGUCCUCAAAAUGUGGCUUUAUUGUCGGACUUACUGUACAUUUACAGCAGUCUGAAUUCAUGUUAAAUAAUGUUGUUUGUUUAUCUUUGAGUCCUGUUAAUCUUGCAGGUUUUUAAAUGUUUAUCCACAGUUUAGUUUUAUUUCAGUAGAUGCACAAAUGCUUUUAAAAACACACUAUCCCCUCUGAUAUUUAGCCAAAUUUGUACAUCCUAUUCACAAUUUUUGCUGCUUUGAGCUCUACAUAGAACAAGGAUUUUGUGAUUUUAUCUCACGAAGCUUGUAUCAAAAUAACACAAUGCUUAUGUUUAAGUUUGCAAAAUAUUUUCUGGGUUUAUUUAACAAUAAAGUUGAAUUUUUUCCAUGCUUGAAGUGAUAUUUUAGUUUCUGCCCUGCUCCUUUUGACUUUUUAUAGAUAUUAUUAUCACAGAACCAUCUACAACCUGUUAAAAAAAAUGCUUUACUAAUUAGCAAAGUCUGAUAUAAUUAAAAACUACAGGGUACUUUAUUUUCCAGAGAAAUCUGACUAUCUCUCUCAAAACUAAAGUCUGUUUCAAGUUUAUUCAGUCUUAAAAUUAGAUUUUCUGUCCUCCAAGUUAGAAAAUGUGUUCCCUUAAGAGUCCUGACAUUAUCGAAAAUGAUAAAGGUCACAGAGUAGGAAGCUCAGAUUAGAAAAAGAGGAAAGAAGAAAACAGGCUAAUGUUAUCGUCACAAUAUUUACCAAUAUUACUGCAAUUGCAAGGUUUGUCAAUAUUGUGCUGGCCUAACUGUGAUAACUAACUAUAAUAUAAUCAUUUAUUUGAAAUUUAAGGGUCAAUAUUGGGAUACUAAGAAUAAAAUGUAUUUUUAUAAUACUGUGUAUUUUUCUCAUUCUAGGUUAUUAAUUAAUAUUUUAUUCUGCAUCUGUUAAACAACAUGACUUUUGUCAGUUUCUCUUUGACCUGAAUGAGAUAAAACAACAAGCCUUGUUUAUGCCUGUACCAUAUUUUAAUCAAUAGAAAAAAAAAUAUGUAGCUACAAUAUGGCACAGGUGUGCAAUAUGAGUCAGCUUCAAAUGGCAUGGUAAUGUACUUUAGUCUCACAGAGCAUGCUUCUCCAUUAAACACUUACUAAAUACAAUUUUUUUUAUGGUUAACAUUAAGAGAAAAAAAAAAAAAUCAAAUUUCUAUAAUAAGUACAGAAAACACGCUGUGCUGGUGUGUGCAUGAGAUGUGGGUGGAAGGGUGGGAGCGAUAACACCAGUAUCCUCUGAACCAAAUGCACUUAGAAUUACAAAACUGCCGUACAAACAAUCAGGUAGACAGCAUGCAUACAAAAAUAGACAACUAUUCUUAUCGCUCCAUUGUAAUAUACAUUAGUUCAUUAUUGCCAGGCGUUACAUUUUUAUGCCUCUGCUCUGAGGAAAUAGCUUUCUCUCUAAAUCUUCUCUUUUCUCUCUUUUUAAAAAGGUACAAUGUACAUUCACUAUCACUGAGGCACAGCACUUGAUGUACAGAUUAAAUAGGUAGCCAAAAAAAAAAAA